AUGGCUCGGUGGACGAGAACCUCAAGGACAGCCUCUCUGCUGGCGGCGGUGCUAGUGGUCCUGUCGUCCUGGAGCCACAUUGUGCCUUCUGUGGUGUUAGCAGCGACCCGUGACAGCAGCAGCAUUAGUAGUAUCUACAAUGAAGCCUCUUCUACACAGCACCUUGGCGACGAACGAACGAGGUUAGGUGGGGCGUUCGCGGCCGUCAGCAGACUGGACCGUUAUCAGCACGAACUGCUGGGUGCCCGCACGAAACGAAGCCCUUUCAGCACCCUCUACGAGGCGGACAACACACUGAACGGUGCCGAUGGAUCGAACAGUGGGUCGGUAUCGCGAGAAUCGUCCUACAGUAGCGCUGCCGGUGGGUUUUCAUCGUCCCCGGCGGGCGGUAUCGACUACCUGCGGGACAACCGUAAGCCAAGCUUCGUCGAUUGCGAAAAUUACAAACCGAUGCUGAAGGAAGAGCAACCGGUCGGUACGCCGGUGAUACGUGUGACGGCCACUGAUCCGGAUCGGCGCCAGUCGAUCGAGUACAGCUUCGUGACGACAGUGGGCGAGCGGGCCCGGUUCCGGAUUGACAAGAGUACGGGCGAAAUAACGACGGCCCACAUCUUCGACCGUGACGAACCGAUCCGCGAGAAGGAAAUCUACAUUACGGUGCGGGCGACGGACAACGGACGUCCGCGGCUCGACGACGUGUGCACGUUGAAGGUGACGAUUCUGGACAUCAACGAUAAUCCGCCGGUGUUUGACAAGGUGCGUUACGAGGAGUCGGUAACGAAGGACAUGAAAGCGAACCUACGGGUGGCCACCAUCUCGGCGACGGAUAUGGACGAUGGGGACAACAGCAUCAUCAAGUACGAAAUUGUGCCACAAAAGUCGGACAGCAGCUACUUCCGGAUCAACGAAAACAAUGGGUUACUCACGCUGACGAAACCGGUCGAUCGAAGCCCCGGACAGUACUACCUGAUCUACGUCCGGGCGUACAACGUUGAUCAGCAGGAGGAAGCCGCCCAGGACGCGGAGGUCGAAGUGAAGGUGCGGGUCGUCGAGUCGAACAAGUUGCCACCGUACUUCACCAAGGUACAGCUGACGCCGAUCGUGCUGAACGAGACGUUCAAAAAUUACACCGAGUCGUUGGCCGAGUUCGAAGCGGAAUCCAACAUCCCGGAGAAGCCGGAAGUGGUGUUCGAGCUGAUACAGGGCCGCGCGGAGCAGACGAACUCGAAAAACACGUUUCUGCUGGAGCAAAAUGGCAACACGGCCACGAUCAAGCUCGGCAAGACGCUCGACUACGAAACGGUCACCGAGUACACGCUGACGGUGAGCAUGAAAAAUUCGCACGAUCUGGUCGCCGAGACGGUGCUGAAGAUCAAGGUGCUGGAUGAGAACGACAUCAUCCCGGUGUUCACGGAGGUCACCUCUGGCACGAUACCGGAAGACGAGCCGCCCGGUACGCCCGUGAUGCAGGUGCGGGCUUACGAUCUGGACGGGACGCCGGCGAACAACAUAGUUUCGUACCGGUUCGACGAUGAGCGGCAGCACUUUUUCCACAUCGACAGCCGGACGGGCAACAUCACCUCGCUGGUGGAGUUCGAUCGUGAGGCACAGGACACGUACCACCUGAAGGUGGUGGCCGAGGACAACUCACCGUCGGCGCUGUACCGGAACGGCAAACCGAACAGCAUUUCGCAGCUGUUCAUUAUCAAGAUUUCGGACAAAAACGACCACGAGCCCAAGUUCGUGAAGGAGCACUUUGUGGCGGAGAACGUGCCGGAGGAUGCGAACAUCAACACGGUGGUGAUUGAGGUGCUGGCCCAGGAUCAGGACACGGCGUCGCUCAUCACGUACAGCAUCAUCUCGGGCAACGUGGGCGACGCGUUCAAGAUCGACGAAAACACGGGCCGCAUCUCGGUGAACAGCCGGCUCGACUACGAAACCAUCCGCGAGUACAUGCUGAUCGUGCAGGCGGACGACGGUAUCUUCCAGGACAACGCGACCGUGUCGAUCAAGAUCGAAAACGUGAACGACAAUCCGCCGCGCUUCAUCGAUCUGCGCAACGUGACGAUCGAGGAGGAGUCGAUCCCGCCCGGCUGUGUGAUGAUCCUGAAGGCGUACGAUCCGGACAUCGAGAACCGGGACGAACCGCAGCACAUCAAGUACUCGUUCGUGAAGGAGCAGGAGGAUCGGCUGGCGAUCGACGAUGCCGGGUGCCUGCGGUUGCGCAAGGCGCUCGAUCGCGACCCGCCGCAGGGUUUCAAGAGCUGGCAGUUUAUCAUCACGGCCACCGACGAAGACGGGGCGGGCAAGAAGACACCGGCCACGGUCAACAUCAUCCUGGAGGACAUCAACGACAAUGCGCCGCGCCUCUCGAACGCGAUGCCGGUGGUGUGGUACGAGAACCGUGAGCCCGGUAUGAUCGUGAAGCUGACGGCCGACGACGUGGAUGAGGCACAGAAUGGGCCACCGUUUUUCUUCAGCAUCGAUCCGAACGCCCCGCAGGACAUACGGGACCGGUUCCGGGUGCAGGACGACGAGCUGUACGCGCUGGUGGAGUUUGAUCGCGAGGAGCAGAAGGAGUACUUUGUGCCGAUCCGGAUCCGUGAUUCGGGCGAGGAACCGAUGAGCGAUGUGAGCAUCCUUCAUCUGGUGAUUGGCGACGAGAACGACAAUCCGAUGCAGGCGGGCGAGAGCCGAAUCUUUGUGUACAACUACAAGGGCGAGUCACCGAACACGGAGAUUGGCCGUGUGUAUGUGGACGAUCCGGACGAUUGGGAUCUUCCGGAUAAGACGUUCGAGUGGGGCGACCAGGACGAUGGGGCUGGAGCGGUCAACUUUGAUCUGAACCGGGGCACCGGCAUGCUGACGAUGCUCCAGGGGACGCGCGGUGGCGAUUACGAGCUACACUUUGUGGUGCACGAACAGUCGAAUCACUUCCCACGGCACAGCGUCUUGUCGAAGGUAACCGUGACGGUGAAGGAGAUCCCGGAGGAGGCCGUCGAUCGGAGCGGUUCGAUCCGGUUCCACAACGUGUCGGCCGAAGCGUUUGUGUCGCGAACACCGGGCCAUUCGACGACCCCGAAGGAUCGGCUGCAGAAUGCGAUCGCCAGUGCGUUUAACGUGAGCCGCGACAAUGUGGACGUGUUUACGGUGCUCAAGCGGGACGGUGCCAACGGGACGUUCCUCGACGUGCGCUUCUCGGCCCACGGCAGUCCGUACUAUGCGCCGGAGCGCCUGAACGGCGAGCUCGGCUACAAGCUGGCGGAUCUCGAGCAACAGGUGGGCUACCCGAUCCUGCUCGUCGGUAUCGACGAGUGCAUCGAGGAGGGCCGCAACUGCGAGCUGUCGUGCAAGAACACGCUCUACAAAUCUAACGUCCCGAUCGCCGUCUACACCAACACGAGCUCGUUCGUCGGCGUGAAUGCGUUCGUGCAGGCCGAGUGCGUGUGCGACGUGCCCGCCCCGGACAACGGGUGCCUGAAUGGGGGCUACCUCGUGAACGAUCGGUGCUCCUGUCUGGACGGAUUUGAGGGACCACGCUGUGAGAUGCUGAGCAUCGGGUUCUACGGCAGCGGGUAUGCCCUGUAUCCCCCGAUCAGCCCGUGCAACCACACGCGUAUCAGUCUGGAGCUAUCGCCACAGCAGGAGGACGGUCUGGUCCUGUACAUUGGGCCCCUCGGGUACAAUCCGCGCCUCCCGGUGCAGGACUUCUUGGCGCUCGAGCUCGUUAAGGGUCUUCCGGUGCUGCUGCUCGACUACGGUUCGGGUACCAUUCGCAUCGAGCACCGGCAUCGGUUCCCCCAGGGCAAACCGUUCACCGUCGAGCUCGUGCUCCAGCCGCAAACGGUCGAGAUGAUCGUCGACAACUGUAAGCUGUCGACGUGCAUGAGCCUGGAUGCGCCCCGCGGUCCCAACCGGUUCCUGAACGUCAACGCGCCGCUCCAGCUGGGCGGAGCGCUCGUGAACCUCGAGUACCUCGGUGCGCUGUACAACUGGACGUACGUACCGCAGACGCAGGGUUUCAGCGGGUGCCUGCGCAAUCUAACGAUCAACGACCGGACGUACAACCUCGGCAUGCCGAGCCUGUCGAAGAACGUGGAUCCGGGCUGCCACCGGUCGGUGGCCGUCGCCGUUUCGUUCGGCAUCGAUUCGUACUUCCUGAUCGCGAUCAUUGCCUGCAUCGUGGUGCUGCUGGUGCUGCUGCUGGCGGUGGUGGUGCACAAGAAGCACCAGGACGGGUGGCACGAGAAGGACAUGGACGACAUCCGUGAGACGAUCAUCAACUAUGAGGAGGAAGGUGGUGGCGAGCGGGACGCCGAGUACGACCUGACGGUGCUGCAGGCCCCGCCGAUCUACGUCGACAAACCGUACGGCACGACGACGAACGAGCGGCGCCAGCAGGAGGUGUCGGCGGGCGAGAUGCCCGACAUUGGAGCGUUCCUGACCGACAAGAAGGAUGCGUGCGACCGCGAUGCGGACGCGUAUCCGAUCGACGACGUGCGGCACUACGCGUACGAGGGCGAUGGCAACAGUACGGGCUCGCUCUCGAGUUUGGCCUCCUGCACGGACGAGGGCGAUCUGAAGUUUAACUAUCUGUCCAACUUUGGCCCACGGUUCCGCAAGCUGGCCGACAUGUACGGCGAGGAACCGUCCGACUCGGACUCGAACUCGAAUGACGAUGAGGGCUGGCGGAUAUGA